AUGACUUCGACAGUGUCAAUCACAACUACGGCCGGCUCAAGCACCACUUCAAGUGAUACCAUCAUGACGUCGGCUGAUACAACCACGACUUCGACAGUAACAAUCACAACUACGACUGACUCAAGUACCACUUCACGUGACACAAUGAUGACGUCUGCUGAUACAACGAUGACUUCGACAGUAACAAUCACAACUACGACCGGCUCAAGUACCACUUCACCUGACACAAUAAUGCCGUCUGCUGAUACAACGACGACUUCCACCGCAACAAUCACAACCACGACGAGCCCAACCCCCACCUC